AUGGCUAUUCAAGCAGCGUCCGCGGACCAUAAGAGUGAAUGGCUAAGUAACAGGGCUGCUCAGCGGGCGACCUGGAAAGUGCUGCAAACCGCGCCUGGGAAUGACCAGGUUGGCCGAAUUGAUCCAAAAGGUGGGAAGAGCGGUACAGCCUUCCAAUGGUAUGAUUUCUUGAUCGGAAAGUAA